AUGGACCAGUUCCAGGCUUUUGACUAUGGCUCGGUGGAACUACGGACAGCGUCAACCGAGAUCCGGCUGCUAGAUCUUUACCCCUCACAGGGUUUGGUCGAUAGCCGUCUGAUCGGACGUCUACACACAAGCUCCAUUGAAAGCCCAUCACCAUACGUCGCUCUCUCGUAUGUUUGGGGCCUAGGCAAUAAAACACAAUCAAUUCAGAUAUCAAACUCGAGUGACGAUGAAUCGGUUUUCAUACCUAUCACGGGGUCGCUGGAGACGGCACUACGACAUUUCCGCACGCCAGACGAGGUGAUAACUCUAUGGAUUGACCAGAUCUGUAUCAACCAGGCAGACAAUAAAGAAAAAGGCCAGCAGGUCGCGAUGAUGGGGAGAAUCUACUCAUCUGCGACACAAGUGCUAGUAUGGCUUGGUCCAGCUCAAGAUGGCUCAGACGGAUUGAUGGAAGCAUGGCAAGACAUUGGCCAGAAGUCUCGAGAGUUCGGACUGGAGGGCUACAUGAAUCCACAGAGUUACUACCUCAUAUCAGCAUUGGCGAGAAGCAAAGACCCUUCUGAUGAGACUGCUAUGAGCUUCCAGAGCUUGUUGGCGAGUACUGUUGAGACCUUUGCUCCUUUGCUAAAGGAAAUGCUGCUGAAGAAAUGGUUUGAGAGACCGUACUUUUCACGAGUCUGGAUCAUCCAGGAGUUUUGUCUGUGUCCUGAUACCAUCUUCGUGUGCGGUUCCAAGACGAUACCCGUAGACUUUGUCAAAUUCGCGGUACUGCUGCUUCAAACCGCGAUAGGCAACAUGCCACAGGGCGACUAUGAGCAGCUUCAACCGCCCGAGAUGCCAUUGGAGCGACUAUCCGAAGUAUCUUCUGAACCAACAGCACGGCUGUUUGGCUGUCGCUCACGUCAUCAGAAGCAUAAAGAUGACGAGCUGUACAUGUUGUUGCGCAGGCUAUUCGUUGAGCUUGAGACGAAUGCGACGGUGCAUCGUGAUCGCAUCUUUGCCCUUCUUGGUCUCGCUGCUGAUGCUGAGAUGCUUGGGAUCGAGCCGGACUAUGAGGGAAGCACCGAGCUUAUCCUAACACAGACUGCACGCACGCUGAUUGAGAAGAGUGGUCGUGUGGAGCUUUUAUGCUACUCCCAGUUUCCCAAACUUGAUGAGCUUUCACAUCUACCAUCAUGGGUUCCUGACUGGCGAUCUAACUUAAGUCGUUCGUUCUAUACCAUAAACGAGCGCAUGGACAAGCAUCUAUUUGCGUCGUUUGGACACGACAGCGUGGUUGAGGUCAUUCAACACCCAAAUAACAAGCCGGAAAUUCUAGGACUUCAUGGCUAUACUGUUGAUGUGAUCGAGGAGGUUGCCGAGGGCGAUGGUUGGGCGGACAUGAGUUGGGAUUAUGAGAGAUAUCUUAGCUAUAUGGCCCAAGUAGACGAGCUAUGGCAAUGUUCCAUGGACAAGACUAGCAUGAUCCACGGCGAAGCAACUCAGGAGCGGAAAGCAGAGGCACGAUGGCGUGUACCUAUCGGAGACAUCUACUGGACUUGGGAAGGGGACCAGCAGCGAGCCAAACCGGAGGUAGCAAAGUUUCACGAGCAGUUUCUGCAGGAACUCAAGCUCUUCGACGACAUGACCAAACUGGCAGCUGCAGGUGAAGACGUUUCAGAGAAACUCCUGCAAUGGGAGGAGGAACAUCGUGGCGCAGAGACAAAGCAUAACUAUCGUGAGAGUAUGAGGAAGAUGCAGGGCAAGCGACCGUUCCUCACAAAAAUGGGAUACCUAGGCAUGGGUCCUGUGGAGGGCAAAUCUGGUGAUGCCGUUGUCGUUUUUUGCGGUGGACGAAUUCCUUUUGUACUGCGUCCUGUUGGAGGGUCGAGCGAGCUUGGUAAGUUCGUGUAUAUCGGCGAGGCAUACUGCGAUCGUGUCAUGGAUGGGGAAGCUAUAAACAAGGAGAAACAGACUUUCUGGCUUACUUGA